GGUGCGGUGCUCGCUGCUGCCGCUGUGGGGCGCUGCGCAGGAUACCGGCGCCCGCCCACCCCCUUCCUCCCCGCAGCUGUCGCCGCGCACCGUGCCCAGUAGCGCGGAGCGGCUCGCCCCGAUCAUCCCCACCGCCCCGAGGCACCUGCGCAACCCGUCAGGUCCCGCCGCAGCCAUGUCCAAGCCACCGCCCAAGCCCGCCAAGCCAGGACAGGUUAAAGUAUUCAGGGCCCUGUAUACAUUUGAGCCUAGAACGCCAGAUGAACUGUACUUCGAAGAAGGUGAUAUCAUCUACAUCUCAGACAUGAGUGAUACAAAUUGGUGGAAAGGCACUUGCAAGGGGAGAACUGGACUAAUUCCAAGCAACUAUGUGGCAGAACAAGCAGAGUCUAUUGAUAACCCACUGCAUGAAGCUGCCAAGCGAGGCAACCUAAGCUGGUUGAGAGAGUGUUUGGAUAACCAAGUUGGGGUCAAUGGCUUAGACAAAGCUGGAAAUACAGCUCUGUAUUGGGCAUGCCAUGGAGGCCACAAAGAUAUAGUGGAUGUUCUCUUUACACAAGCAAACCUAGAGUUGAACCAGCAGAACAAAUUGGGAGACACAGCUUUGCAUGCUGCUGCAUGGAAAGGUUAUGCAGAUAUUGUAGAGAUGCUGCUGGCAAAGGGGGCAAGAACAGAUCUGAAGAACAAUGAGAAGAAACUGGCUUUAGACAUGGCAACCAAUGCAGCUUGUGCUUCACUUCUUAAGAAGAAACAGACUGCAGGUACAGCUCGAACAUUAAGUAAUGCAGAGGAAUACCUUGAUGAUGAAGAUUCUGAUUAGCUUUUUUCAUUCAGCCUAGAGAACUACAACCUAUGUUCUUAUUUCAUUCCCAAAGCAUAUCUUUACAACUAUAAAACUAUCUUACUUAGAGUACUGCCGUCUUCCAAUUUAGCAUAUAAGUGAGAAUGAAGUAAUGCUUUCCAAAGUAAUAAUCUUCAUGCAUAUCAGAAGAUGCCACAUUUUAGAUCAGAGUUCCUUUGGAAUUAUCUGAUAGGGGAUGUGUGGCAUAGCCUUACCUCUCUUAUCUAUUGAAUGGACAGAGGAACAGUCUUCCAAACGCACAGUUUUCAUCUCAGACCUUCCCAGCAAGUGCCUUGCAUCUCUGGAAUAAUACUCUUCAAACUUAAAAGGUCCCUCUGGGACAGCAGGUCACCCAUGCUAACAUUCCCCAAAGCUUCUGCAGGAAUAGAUUCCUUUGUGCAGUGAGACAGGCAUGAAUGAAGAUGCUGCUGUAGAGAGAGACCAUAUUCUACCCACAUGGAGCCAGCAAGAAAGCAUACAAAUUUAUAGCUUUGAGUAUUCUUCUUUUUUUUUUCUGUCCCUCUGAGUAUAAGGGAUAGGGAGAUCAAGGUCUGCCCCUGGAUGCUCUUUCUUUUGUACUGUUAGGGCCCUAUUCCUGAAAUGUAAACUCAGGUGUAAUGAUUGCUUAAGUCAGUUUUGCUUGAGAAAUACACUUAAUUUUCAACUUAGUGACUUGAUUAUUUUGCUUUUUGAAGUGCAUUUUGUUGAAACUGUCUGUAAUGAAAGGAAGACUGAAUAUUUUUCUAUUUAUCCUGCCUACAAUUUGUUUACUGAUCUCUUGCUUUUAUUUUUUAAGUGCCCUUAUAUAUAUUUUGUCCUAAAUUACCUCAAAGCCUAAGUGUUUUUGAAGGAAUGAGGGAAGAUGUAUAUUGAAUAUACUACAGGUAUCUUUAUGAGAGGUAUCUGAAUAAACAUUUUUUAAAAGUAUGGUUUCUUCCUGUGAAUUAAAGAGAGCUAAGAUUGAGCCACUUUCAAGCUUUUCUAUAGAAUUUAAUGAAUACUAAUUUAGAUUGCUCAAAUAGCUGCAACCAAAGAUUGCACCUGACUAAGGGAUAUUUCUUUGACCACAUAGGAAGGGAGUGUGGCAUGUAUUUGCAGUACAGUCUAGCUUUGUAAAUUUGUUACUAAUUUCCCUGUUAGCAGCUUUGACAGAUUCAGUCCAAGACCACAUAGUCUUUGACACUUUGACACAACAGUGAAAGGAGUGAAAGAUGGGGGAUAAAAGAAAAUCAUUGGAUUUUAAAAUUAGUCUAGAGCACUAAGAUUACAGUUCUAAGAUAUAUUGAAUCAGAUAUUCAUAUUAUCCUAGAAAGAAGAAAAUACAGGUAAGGGUUUUCAAAUGAACACAUGCAAAGAAAGCUGCUUUAGAUUGACCAGAACAGUGUGAGGCUGAGACAUUGCACAAACAGUGAUCUACAAAUAGUUUCCUUUGUAGAAGAGUUAAAGCAUUUCAAUUCUAAACUGUUGAAGUGUUAAAUCAUGUGUUCCAGUCGUGUGAAAUACUGUGGUCAGCUGAAAAGCGAUACUUCAUUUUUUUUGUGAACUCAGAAGUGAAAAUUCUAGAGGGGGAAGAAGGAAAAGCCACAAAGUUUUCCUCUCAGCUUUCAUUAGAACAAUUAUUGAGCAGGACUCAAUAGGCAGAAACUGUCCUGCUUCACAUUUUAUCAGCUGGUAAUUUUUGCUAGGUCAUUUGCAGCACGUUCAGGCCCUGUGUUAGGCUGGGUGCUGCUGAUUAAAGGUGCAGUUGCACAAUGCAAGCACGUUAAUGCAAAAGACAUGUAAAAAGAGGGGAGAAGGAAGAAGUUUCCUAUGUCUGUGAAAUGGGCCUUCUUUCUGCAUAAAUGAAGAUCACGAGGUUAAAAUCCCUGUUUCAUGGAGGGGGUGGCUUUUCCCCAGAAUUACUGCUUGCCUGUCAGAAGUUUGAAAGCAGAUUUUAUGUUAACUCUAAUCUGAUGUCUUCUGUGACUUUUCAUCCUGAAAGUUAAUUGUGGGAUCGGACUUAACAAUUGUAUGUUAUACUCAUGUAUUUAGAUUUAACUACUGCCAGAAGACUGGCUUGUUCACUUGCAGGAAUAUCUGGGUGCUGAAAGGGAAGGCUAAUGUCAGAAAUACAAGUUGGAUCCCCCCACAUGCUGCCUUUGUAAAGUCCUUACUGGAGUGUCCUGAGGGAGAGACACAUCAGAAGGCAGUUAAUGCUGUAGCACAUUUCUUCAACUAAAGUUACUGCUAAUUUUUUUAGAAUUUCAUUUUUCUCAUGCAACUGUCUGCUCAUCUCGUGAAAUAAAACUCACCGUGAAAAUAAAUGA